GCCACUAGGAAGUUCUUGCUCGCUCAUCAUCCUCGGACCCAGCGAAUGAGUCACGCUACGUUCCUCACGUAGAUUAUAUGGAGAAUGGAAUUUCUAGAGAUUCACGAUGGCCUGCUUGGGUUUUCUGGUAACUCAGCUGAAACAGGCUCGAACGAAAGUGAGAGACUAAUGGAGAGCGAUGAAGACACCAACAUCCAAAUCGAGGUACCAACCGGGCAAAGUCGAGGAAGAAUGGGAAGAAGGUUCACGCUCAAUCCUCUAAUAUUUGCAAAAGAAGAGAAGGAAGCUAGAAGGCAAUCAUUAGCACAGCUCAAGCUCAGCUACUACCCCAAGCAUAUGAAUCCUGAGUCCUAUGAUGCUGGAUUGGGAUUUUGUGGUUGGCUGUUUAUGUUUAUUUCUUGGCUAUGUGUUCUGGCGUCAUUUCCGAUCUCCAUCUGCUUCUGCAUAAAGGUUGUGCAGGAAUACGAGCGGGCAGUCAUUUUUCGUUUAGGCAGAUUGAUUGGAGGAGGUGCGAAAGGACCAGGGAUCUUCUUCGUGCUGCCAUGCAUAGAAUCGUAUACAAAGGUAGAUCUACGUACCGUGUCUUUCAAUGUGCCUCCACAGGAGAUCCUCACGAAGGAUUCUGUGACCACAUCAGUAGAUGCCGUUGUUUAUUAUCGUGUAUCGAAUGCAACUGUGAGCGUAGCGAACGUCGAAAACGCUCAUCAUUCGACUAGGUUGCUAGCCCAAACAACACUGCGCAAUAUGCUGGGCACAAGAAGUCUGGCAGAAAUCUUGUCGGAUCGUGAUGCGAUAGCCAUUUCAAUGCAGGCCAUACUCGAUGAAGCGACGGAAAGCUGGGGUAUAAAGGUGGAGCGCGUUGAGAUAAAGGACGUAAGACUGCCCGUUCAGUUGCAACGAGCGAUGGCUGCAGAAGCUGAAGCCACUAGGGAGGCACGAGCAAAGGUGAUCGCUGCCGAGGGCGAACAAAAAGCUUCACGGUCUCUUCGCGAUGCUGCUACUGUUAUCGCUUCCACGCCAGCCGCUUUACAACUUCGCUAUCUUCAAACUCUAAAUAGUGUGGCAGCUGAGAAAAACUCCACGAUUAUUUUCCCUUUGCCCAUGGAAUUCGUACGACACCUCAUCCACGAUUGAAAGCAUAAUGUGGAUUUCACUCUUUUCUAUUUGUAAUUGAUUCAUGUUCAUAUUCGUUUUACAAUCGGGUGAAUGUAAAUCUAUUGAGUUUUUGCACAAAUAGAGAGUUAAGCUUUACGCAAAAAACAUCCAAAGUUCUAUUUCAGAAUGCAUCUCAAUCGCCUAGGCUAUAUUUCUGAUGAAUCGAAUCAAGUGCUUGUUGAUUAUCUACAAACAAUUAUGUGUG